CCAGCCACAGGAUUGAAGAGUAGUACCACAUUAGUGAAGACCAUUUUUCAAUUAGUCUCCUCUCUCUCUCUCUCUCUCUCUCACUUUGGCCUUAACAGAACCGAACACAACACAAGAGAGAUAGAGAUACAAUACAAGAACAAACUCCGACAUCUCUCGCUUUCUCUACUUUCCCCUGUUUUUAUUCGGAAGCAAGCAAGGCUUAAAUAUAUAGAUCCCUCUUUCCCGUGCUUCACUGUUUCUCAGUUACUUGGCUUCGCCUUGGAUGAAUCUCAAUCUGAAUCAGUCCUCCUCCUCGUCGUAUAAGGAAUAAAUAAUCAUCGGAAGAAGAAUCAGGUAUGGAUGUUGGGACCGUGCUGCUACUUUGUUGGGUUACUCUGAUCCCGGGGAUUUUAUCAGAUCCAAGCGACGAAGCGUGCAUGACGCACUUAAGCAAGUCGCUGCAAGACCCAAACAACCAGCUCCAUAACUGGAAGGAAGAGAACUUCGCGAAUCCCUGCAACGACUCAACCACGAAUCUCCGAGGUGCAAUCUGCAACAACGGACGCAUCUUCAAGCUCUCCCUGAACAACCUCUCUCUCCGCGGCACCAUAUCCCCCUUCCUCUCCAACUGUACCAAUCUCCAAGCCCUAGACCUCUCCUCCAACUUCCUCACAGGCCCAAUCCCCGCUGAUCUUCAGUCCCUGGUCAACCUCGCCGUCUUGAACCUCUCGUCGAACCGUCUCGAAGGGGUCAUCCCCCCGCAGCUCACAAUGUGCGCCUACCUCAACAUCAUCGACCUCCACGAUAAUUUAUUUACUGGGCCCAUCCCUCAGCAAUUGGGCCUGCUCGUUCGCCUCUCCGCUUUCGAUGUGUCCAAUAACCGCCUCUCAGGGCCCAUCCCGGCUUCGCUUUCCAACCGGAGCGGGAACUUGCCCAGAUUCAACGCCAGCUCAUUCCUAGGGAAUAAGGAUCUCUACGGUUACCCGUUGCCGCCGCUUAGGAAUAGGGGCUUAUCCCUUUUGGCCAUUGUUGGGAUCGGCUUGGGAAGUGGCCUUGCUAGCUUGGUGCUUAGCUUCACCGGGGUUUGUAUUUGGUUGAAAAUUACGGACCGCAAGAUGGCGCUCGAGGAAGGCAAAAUCACCCACCUUAUGCCUGAUUAUUGAUAAAAACUUUUUUUUUUUUUUAAAUCACAAAUUUACUAUACUAGUUUCAAAUAUUCCAAUUCCAAGGUACUACUAUCUUUCAUUAUUCAACUUGAUCGAUCGCUGAUGAUGCUUCUUCACCUCAGAAAAAUUAAAAUUAAAAAAAAAAAAUAGUACCCGUACCAGGUACUACUUAUUUUUUUGUUUUUAUAAAAGCGAGGUUGGGUGUGGGCUACCCCUAAUUUCUUCGUACUUAUGGGUCGUUCAGAUCAUUGUCUCUUAUCGAUCACGGGGGAUAUAUUUUAUUUUAUAAUUUAUAUAUAUAUAUAUAUAUAUAUAUAUAUAAUUUCUCUCUCUCUCUGUUUUUACCCAUAACUAUUACUAACUGUUUCAAAGUUUUGCUGAUUGGCUCUAUUAUUAUGGUUUCUGUUUAUUGAAUACGAUUAGCGGUGUAUAAAUCCAAAUGAUUUUGAAACACUUGCAUCGAUGAUGCUGAUACUUUGCAGCUUUAAUUUUGCUUAUUGUAGUGAUGCUUGGAUUGGCAAUGAGAUAUCUUGAUUUUAGUAAAUUUUUAUUCUUUAUGAUUCGGUGGGUUGGGUUUUGUUGGCACUUGGCAGGAGGGUAGGGUAGGUUAGUGGGUGCUAUUGCUACUGCUAGAUACAUGAAGAACCGCUGCGCCGUUCAACUGCAAAAUUGUCUGGCAGUGUGCUAAAAUAUAUACUACAAACUCAUCCAACAGCUGGUGCCAUUUUAUUUUAAUCUGCAGAAGAGUGCCGCGUUUUUCUCACAUUAUCGGAGGACACCAACGGUACUACACAGCCACGUGGAUUGGGACUUUUCUUCUCACAUUAUAAUGACUUGUUGUUCUACUCUUGUUCACUUGUUUGUCCAACGUCAACUAGUCAACCCUCUUAUUUACAA